CCUUUAGACACAAGCAUCUAGUUUCCUAGCUAAGAAAGGAGUGUCCGUGUGAUCAUUCUGUCUAUCAAAAAUAACAUGUUUGGCUAUGGAGAAAUAUUACCUUACUUGGAAAGAGGUGAAGAAAUCCAUUCACAAGGCUUUGGUUGGCCUAGGAUUAUAGUAGAAGACACCCAAGGUAGCAAGCAGUGGAACUGAACCCAAGACCAUAUGGUUAGGAAGCAAGCUGAUUUACUACACACACAGCCAUGUGUGUGGCUCACUCAAAGUGUCUUUACAAAACGGUAAACUCUUCCAAUAACCAUUUGCCUCUCUUCCUCUAUUGAUGCCACCUUCUCUCCACGAAGCCAUCAUCCUUGGUUCAUAAAACCUCCAACACUGAGGUUAGCAGAGAGGUCAAAUUGUUUGCCAUCCUCAACUAAAUAUUCUUUACUUAAGACGGCAACAGAAAGAAAUUUAGCUGCUAUUUUUUGUAGAUUAUCCGAUCACCUAGAUAUUUAAACAUGAAAUACAAAUCUCUUACAUGUUUCACUGAACAAGGCUGGCUUAGGGACCAAUCAACUAAUUGUAGUCCUGAGUGAGAAGGAUUAUAAUUAAAAAUAUUCUAGCCAGGACUAACUUCUUUUAAGUGUGGGUUGCUAUCUAGAAAUUCAUUAUCCAGUGUGUGUGUCUCCCCCCAUUAUCAAGACAGUUCAAUGUGAUCAGAGAAAGACCCAUAACCAGACAGACAUGUUCUUCAUGGAUGAUUGGAAAAGGACUCUGCAUGACGGAGAUACCCAUUUGCAAUUAUCAGAUGUUUAUGACCAGCAAAAUAAUUCUAUGGUAAUUCUGGAUAGCAUUCGAGAAGAUCUACGAAAAAUUGUUCCUGUUAAUGGUGUGAUUCCUUCAGAAAGCAUAAUUCCUCCUGAAGUGGGUCCUAAUGCUGAUUGCACAUCCCAGACAACAGCAUAUAUAGAUGCGUUUCUUUAUGAUGAAGAAGACAUGAAUUCUUUGGGAGAGGAUGGAAAAAUACAUUUACAUUACUGUAGUGAUUGCUUCUCCAGGAAUAUUAAACCUUUAACUCUGGUGACUCACUCUGCAUCAACAGCACAAAUCAGAUAUAUAUUUGAUUUCUUACUGCCUGAUAUUUCUGGUAAAAAUCUUCUUGACAUUGGAUCACGACUUGGUGCAAUAUUGUAUGGUGCUUACCUUUUCACCAAUGCAAAUAUUGAAGGAGUUGAAAUAGACAAAACUCUGUGUCAGAUACAAGAAAAUAUUAUAAAGAAAUAUAAAUUUGAAGACCGAAUUAAGAUUUAUCACGGAAAUAUUCUAAACAGAAGUGACCUUUUACAAAAAGUUGAUAUAAUCAUUUUAAACAAUGUCUUUGAGUUCUUCAUGCCACUAAAUAUGCAGGUUUUAAUUUGGAACUUCCUCCAUUCACAUUUACAAAAGAGACGUGUUGUGUUGAUCACACUCCCAAGUAUUGAAGAUUCAUUAAAGAAUUUAAAGACAAACAUCAACAUCUCUGAAUGGGUGAAAGAAAUUGACACAAGUGAAAUCCUUAACACAGCAAGCUAUAUUCUAUUGAACAAAACACCAGCAGAAACUGAUCUAGGAAACUUUCAUAUGUAUGAAACUUUAUAAAGAGUUUAAAAUUUA